AUGGCAUACUAUACAGAGCCUUUUUUCCUUGACCCGGGGUCUCAGCAAUACCAAGAUGAAACAUAUUUUACCACUUUUCAAUCAGACAGUGAGGAGCACGACCUGGUUGCAAAAGAUCUCGAGGGUUGGUCGAUGCCCAUCGAGACCCAACCCAUGCAAUCCAGAAGCUACGCCAUGCAGUCCUAUCUAAAUGCUCCGUACCUCAGCCCCUGCCUGGAACCAUUUGACCCGGCGGCCGUGCAGACCGUGGGGCCAGCUCAACUGCAAUUGAACAGUGGUUCCGAAUUCCCCAUGAAUUACCAGCCUUGCCAGUCCCCCGAAGCAGAGUUUGGAGCUGCCAGUGUCAAGGAUGACUGCAGCGACAUCUCGCCCUUGUCGUCGCCCAGCCUGGCAGACACCGAGGUGCACAGCUCCAAGAAGAGCCUCCCCCGCAGUCGUACCGCCGCCCGCUCUUCAGUGUCGUCACAGCCGAAGAAAGGGCGCCCACGGAAGAAGCGCAAUCAGUCCAACGCGUCCAGCGAGGAUGAGUCGGCUAUUCUGAAGGCUAAGUUCGCCCAUUCCGUGAUCGAGAGGCGGUACCGUGACAAUCUCAACGGGAAAAUGAUGCAGCUCCACCGCGUGCUCCUGGCCACCGAGACCAGUCAAACGUCGUCCACCUCUCACUUCACCACCUCAUCCACAGGUCCCACGCUGUCGGGCAGAGUCCGCAAGUCCGACAUCAUGUCCAGGGCGAUCAAUUACAUCCACCAGUCCGAGGUUGAGAUGCGACACCUGGACGACGAGAUCAAGCGCCUGCAGGACCAAGUCGGCCUCUUCCAGAAGCUCGUCAAUUGCGACGAUCUGUCGUUGCUCAAGGACAUGACACGACUCGGCGUCCAAAAUUCAUGA